UCAAAACGGAUUAGUACUAAAGUCUGAGAACAAGCACCUGAGGUGGUCGCCGAUAAACCGCCAUGCUUAUGAAAAGUUAGUCGUUUCGGAUUUACUGUAGUUGGCGCUGAACUGAUGGAUGUGUCGUUGUCAUCUGAAUAUGAUCGGAUGGAGGAUUUGGAUAAAGAAAUUAUAAACGACAUUUUACAAAUUAUUAUAGAAACUGUGCUUCAAUUCCAACAAAAAUCAACUAAACGAGGCCAGUUUGACGACGACUUUUCUGCUUUUACAGCAUCUGUAAAAUCAGAAAGUUUGUAUUGUAAUCAUUGGAUUCAGAAUGCCGAAUGUAUCCAAACAUUACAAAAUCAACACAUUAUCCAAAAUGAAACUUUGGAGGUCAAGAAGAAACGUAAAGAAUUUAGUCCUCGGCAAAUCUUUGUGUUGGAGAGCGAAUUUAGCAAGUGCCAAUCACCUGACCCGUGGAAAUGUGAUCAAAUAGCUAAAAUUCUUAAAGUUUCCAGUAGAAGAGUAAAUAGUUGGUUCAAGAAACGCCGCAUGGCGGAAGAAAGUUACAAUCAGUCAUCGCCGACCAGCUCGAAUAUUACUCUAAAAUUGGCAAAGCAAUCAGGCAAUAUGAAUGUUUGGACCGUUAUACAGCAAGACACCCAAGAUUAUAACGAAGUUAUAUAUUCACCUUCGACGUCACACCAUUUCAAACAAUCUGAUCUUGAAAAUAAAUGCAAAUUUCAAAACACUGAAUUCGAAGAUGAUAUGUCGACCGCGGAAUUUUUCAUCGGUGGACACACAAGAAAAUGA